AAAAAGCGGCAGCAGACGCCAUAGUCACCUCCAUGUGCUUUGGAGCCUUUAAUCGACCAGUGGUUCUUACCUUGGCCCUUGGCCUGGACUGGUAUUCGACGAAAGUAUAAACACCUGUGGGGUGCCAUGGGUAUCUGGAGACUGCAACAGGUAUUGAGAGGAAGCUGGAGCAUGCACAGCGAGAUGAUCCGGUGCCAGAGGCUCCGCAGUCGGUUGCCGGUCUUGGCAGCCAGCUACUCAUCAGAGGCACCGGGUGAUGAUCGGCACAAGGAUGUGGAACACAUCCGCAACAUCGGCAUCUCGGCGCACAUCGACUCGGGAAAGACUACGCUGACCGAGCGGCUGCUCUUCUACACAGGCCGCAUUGACCAGAUGCACGAGGUCAAAGGCAAGGACCAGGUGGGCGCAGUGAUGGACUCGAUGGAGUUGGAACGGCAGCGGGGCAUCACGAUCCAGUCGGCUGCCACUCAGGUGUACUGGGGCUCCACAGCCAUCAACAUCAUCGACACUCCUGGCCACGUCGAUUUCACCAUUGAAGUGGAACGUGCCCUUCGUGUGCUUGACGGGGCUGUUCUCGUGCUCUGCGCAGUUGGUGGAGUGCAGUCACAGACACUGACCGUGUGUCGUCAGAUGCGCCGCUACUCAGUGCCCUGCGUGGCCUUCAUCAACAAGCUGGACCGCAUGGGUGCCAAUCCAAUCAAAGUCCUGGGACAGCUCAGGUCUAAGCUUCAGUACAAUGCAGCCCUGCUUCAGUUACCCAUAGGCCUUGAGGGAAAGCACACUGGGGUGGUGGACCUGAUCCAUCGCCGAGCCAUCUACUGUCGGGGGGAGCACGGGGAAGAGGUGUGCUAUGAGGAUCCGCCUGCCGAUAUGCGGACAGAAAUGGAAGAACGACGACACGAGCUCGUUGAACACGUUUCCAAUGUGGACGAGGUGCUUGGGGAGAUGUACUUGGAAGAGAAGACGCCCUCAGAAGAGCAACUAAUGGCGGGCAUCCGCCGUGCUUGUGUGCAGCGCAAGUUCUUCCCUGUGCUGCUGGGCACUGCACUGCGCAACAAAGGUGUGCAGCCCCUGUUGGACGCGGUGGUCCAGUACCUGCCCAAUCCUUCCGAGGUCACAAACUAUGCCCUGGAUGAAAGAGACCUUAACAACAUUAAGAAAAUCGUCAUGAACCCAUCACGGGACGACAGCCACCCCCUGGUUGCUCUGGCCUUUAAGCUGGAGGCGGGCCGCUUCGGCCAGCUGACGUACCUGCGAGUGUACCAGGGCCACUUGCGCAAGGGGGACACCCUGUGGAACACUCGCACAGGCCGCAAGGUCAGGGUGCCACGUGUGGUGCGCAUGCAUGCUGCCCAGAUGGAGGACGUCGGGGAAGCCUUUGCUGGGGACAUCUGCGCGGUCUUUGGCGUUGACUGUGCCUCGGGUGACACAUUUGUCACUGACGCCAACCUCAAGCUAUCCAUGGAGUCAAUCCAUGUGCCAGAGCCCGUGAUCUCCAUGUCCAUCCGUCCAAAGGACAACAAGGAUUCUGACAAUUUCUCAAAGGCAGUGAGCCGAUUCAGUCGCGAGGACCCCACUUUCCACGUCAAGUAUGACACGGACAACAAAGAGAUGAUCGCCUCAGGCAUGGGAGAGCUUCAUUUGGACAUCUAUGCUCAGCGCAUGGCUCGGGAAUACAACUGCCCAGUGAUACUGGGCAAGCCAAAGGUCGCCUUCCGAGAAUCGCUCACUGCCCCCUGUGAGUUCGAUUACCUGCACAAGAAGCAGCACGGAGGUUCCGGACAGUAUGGACGAGUCAUCGGAUACCUCGAGCCUCUUCCUCCUGAGAAGAACACAGAGGUGCUGUUCCAGGAUGACACUAUUGGCACCAACGUUCCCAAGCAGUAUAUUCCUGCCAUCGAAAAGGGUUUCCGAGCAAUGUGCGAGAAAGGGUGCCUGACUGGUCACAAGAUUGCUGGAGUCCGAUUCCGGCUUGUUGAUGGUGACAAUCACAUGGUGGACUCAAACGACAUUUCCUUCUUCCUGGCAGCUCAAGGUGCCAUUAAACAAGUGUACCAGUACGGCAGCUGGUACCUGUUGGAGCCAAUCAUGAGCGUCGAGGUGAUGAUACCUGACGAGUUCCAGGGAUCGGUGCUGAGCUCACUAAGCAAGCGCCAGGGUCUUGUUGUCUCAACCGAUGCCAGCGAAGGCUGGUCCACCAUCAUGGCUGAGGUGCCUCUUAACAACAUGUUUGGCUACUCGACCGAGCUACGUUCAAUGACACAAGGCAAGGGCGAGUUCACCAUGGAGUACUCGCGCUACUCUCCAGCAAGGCCUGAGGUACAGCAGCAGCUGGCAGAAGAAUAUCGGGCUGAACAGGAAUCUGAAGCCGCCUCUGCUGCCGGGGGUGGAAAAAAAAGGCGCUGAGCGAGUCUCCUUAACUAGGUUAUGGAGAAGCAUACCCAUUGUGCUGUGCUUAUCUUCAAAAGACGAGGACAUGCACUCACUGCUCGGAAGGUGACUCGAUGGUUCUUCAUCAUCAUCAUCAUACUGGUGUUCCUACCCUAUUGUUUCAGCUGUGUAACUGCACGGCGCUGAUUGCCUGGCAAUCAAGGACGGCAGAAGCUGCCAGUUAUUCUCAACCUUUGAAGCUUUGUAGCGUAUGCUAAUUGGGUGAGCCCCACUACACGGCCUGCAUUUGAUUCGUUACUUGCACUGAGGCCAUAGGACUUUUUACGAAGGUGGUUUUACACCUCAAAGUUGUUCACAUGCGUGUUUACAUAGUUGUUCAUAGUUUUGCACCCUCUGUAGUUCUUUUCAUUGCCAAGGUCUCAUAAGUGUCCAUGGUUCCGAACUUAAAUGUUAACAACAUUGUAACAGUUUCAAGAUUAGUGUGGCUUUUUGAAUCUGGUGGAUUAUGCAGAAUGCGUGCUUACAACCUGAGAAGCCUUCUGGAAAGGCCCUCGUUGUACUAGACGGAUGACUUAUAUUUUCAAUUGUUGACUUGUGCUUUAGCAUUUUAGCAAAGACAUGUCAUCCUGACAUUCCCAUGUGAGCCAAUCUUCUGAAAUCAUUGACAGUUGUAGUUUCUGCAUCAUA